UCCACACAGCGCCUGUGGUUGGUCGUUGCGCGCGCAGCAUUUCCAAACUUAAAUUUCGAACGAAAACUUUUUUCUUAAUUUAAAAAGUAUUUUCCCCUCUGUGACAAACUUUUUGCUAAUCUUUGAUUCGGUUUUUCCAAAGAGGUUAUAGACGUGUAUUUUAAGAAAAAACAGAGUGCGUUUUGAAACUUAAACCGAGUGAGUGCAUGUGAAAGUUGAUCGUGUUAAAAUAUCUACAAAGUGUGUUUUUUUUUGCUGUUUCAUCCUACUUUAAGAAAACAGCUGAUUUUACAUGAAUUAGAAACUUUGAUCACCCAAUCGCACAGAUGUAACCAACCACAGUGCAAAACAGUGAACACACCAGUGCAAUACAGUGACAAUAAUUCGGCACAGUGCAAUGUGAAGCAGUGACGGAUGUGCGCGGUGACAGAACUGUCAAACGAUACAAGAUGGCCGACCUAAGGUGGCGGCGUCUCGGCGCUGUGCUGUUCGCUAUAUUAAUACAAGUUGUUAAUGGUUACGAAGAAACGUUCUCAAUAUCACAAAUUUCACCAAAAUCGGCGAGAGAAGCGGAGCCGCCACAGUACAUACGCUUACAAACCAGUAGUAGUUUAGCAUUUAAAAUUGAACCUAGUGCUCAGUUCAUAGAAGAAAUAAGUGAUAACAACGAUGAUGUCACACUAGAAGACAUAGUCAAUGAUGAAAUAGAUCUACACCAUAUUAUAGCUAGAUCUGCCGACCCAAUGGGCGAAAGAGAAUCGAGAUCAAUAAAUAUUGAUGAGAUCCCAGUGUCAAAUAACAAUGAAAUAGACAAUGAACUAGAACUACACAAUAAAAGGAAAUACUACGAAAUACAUCCGACGAAAACUAUGAGUUUUAUGCGGAACAGAGAGGAUUAUAUACAGCCAUCGGCUGACAGGUUCGGUGAUAGAAUAGACUUCAGGUUUCCGGGGGAAGACCUGAGGGUUCCGAAGGCGCGUGCACUGCAUCUUACGGGGCCCAAGAUCCGACCAUCAGCAGUGCAACCUAUCUUUGCGACAGCCACCCCUAACGGACAAGGCAGACAGAAUCAAGCGGAAAUACAAAACAUAAUCACAGGCAUAGUAAAGCUACUAAACGGAAACGUUAAUGUGCAAGCAAAUUCACAGCUAUUAAGGCCUGGUAGACCAAUGAAUUCCAGGAUAAACAAUAGAGGACCUCCAAGGAUCGCUGAAGCGCCAUUGCCGCCUGAAUUUGACAAACCUGUGACUCAGUAUGUGCCAACCAAAACUCCUCCCCCGUAUCCUUUCGAUCGUCCUCCUCAUCAUCCAAUAAAUUUGCCAGAGCAGAUCAUCCCACCUGUAAGCAGUACUCCGUAUAGACCUGGCCUGCAUAGACCUAACCUACCUCCAUGGCAUAGGCCAAGACCUAGACCACCGCCUAAUCGAAGACCAAAUCCUAAUCAUUCAAACUACAAACCACCACGAAUGCCGGUCGACAUACCAACUGUGGACUUAUCUGAAGAAAAACCUGAUGAUGAUGAAGAUGUUUUAACUCUGAAUGACAGUGAAGGGUUAGAAAACAAUAUCCAUUUGGAGGAUAAAGAUCCUGUUCCAACUACAACUGAGCAUGAAACAGAAGAGGAAGUUGAACAAGACAAGGUAACAACAAUUGUUGUUCCCAAAGAAAAUGCUACAACAACAUCAACAACAACCACAACCACCACUACAACUACAACAACAACUACAGAAAAACCACAAACAACAACAGAAGAAGUGAAAACGACUACUGAAAAACCAUCCACAACAACGUCUACCGAAAAACCUAAAGAGAAACCGUUGAAACCCGAUAAAGAAAAGAAGAAAGACAGUGUCAUAGAGAAGGAUAAAAAACACAAAACGGAAGACAAACAAGCAAGCAAGACAAAGAAUGAGACGUCAACUGAAGCGAGUGUUAUAGAGCCGAGUGAAAAGCCAACUACGACAUCCAUUGCUGCGCCAACACCGACGGAGGGCUUGCCGACACACGCGCCAGCCGUCAAUGGAUUGGCUAAUGUGUCUAACAGUGUCCAAGCUUCUUCCAUCAACUCUCAACCUCUACCACCAUCACAAGGCAUCCCCUACCAACCCUACCGUCCACGGCCUGGCAUCGUUCUCGACGACCCUGACUUCAAGCCCAAGGGCCAGCGGGCUCCGUACCGAGACGCCCCCGUGGUGACCGCCAGCGAGACCCGCCUGCCAGGGGGGUAUGGGGAGAUCUUUGACGUGACCGUGUCGGCGAUUCAGGGGCCGGGCGGGGGAAGUGGCGCUAGUGUGCAAAUCCAGAACGUGUCCCCGUUGUCAGGAGACGACAUCAUCGUGUCAGCGUCGGGGUCCCAGGGCUUCGUGUCUAUUGAUGGCAAGAGGACGUAUCUGAACCUGUUCGGAGAGACCAGCUCGAUAGCCCCCACGCCCGUGGUGAGGCCCCCGCAGAGUGUUGCCACCCCACCCCCCUCGCCCAUCGGCACCGGCAUCGCCAUCCCGGCUGACGACAUACCGCAGCCGCCCGCGCGCCGCCCGCCCUCCGCGCCUGCCCGCCCGCCCUCCGCGCCCCCGCGCGCGCCGCCCGCGCCGAGUAGGCGACCGCAACCUACUGUCAGAAUUGAUACUUGCAUUGUUGGCGAUGACUCUACUUGCGAUCAAGCGCAAAAUGAAAAAUGCAGAACUGAAGGAGGCAUAUCAAGCUGCCAAUGCCGCCCCGGCUACGCUCGCCGCGUCCACCGCGACCCGUGCCGUCGCGUGGUCUCCCUACUCCUGAACCUACGUGUGGACAAACUCUAUGAUAGGAAGGUGGUCUGGGAUGGGAAACUGGCUGAUAGAGACAGUGACGCUUACCAGACCAUGGGCUAUGAGGCGGUUAGAGCUAUUGACUCUGCGUUCUCCAUGACUCCAUUCUCUGAUGACUUCGUGGGUGCGUCAGUCAACUCGCUCUUCAGAGGGGAACAGAAUAACCAAGGCGGCGUAUUCGUUAACUACACUAUUUUGAUGCAAGAAUCCCCAGAAACAGUCCGCAGUGCAGUAGCAACAGACAUACAGCGCCAUCUGUUGGGCGUGAUCCGCCGUCGCUCGAACAACAUCGGAGCUUCAGCGCUGUGGGUGGAGACGCCCGCCGGCAGCGUCAUGCCACCUAGCGAUGUGGACGAGUGCGCUUCUGCUGAACUCAACGAUUGUAACAAGGUGGCAUCGUGCACCAACACUUGGGGUGGUUUUAGAUGCACGUGCCCGUCGACAACCCUAGACCCGUUGGCGGGUGACGUCACACACGCGGGCCGCCGCUGCCAGGGCUGCCCCAACACGCACUGCAACGACCGCGGCCAGUGUCGCUACGAGAACAACCACCCUUAUUGCAGUUGCUCAUCAGGCUACUACGGCUCCACCUGCGAGGUGGACGGCGAGGUGGUCGGCGUGGCGGUGGGCGCGUCGCUCGCCGCCGCACUCGUCAUAGGACUCACGCUAGCCGCGUUGAUGAGUUGGAGUCGCAAGUGGUCGCGCGAGCAGAAAGCAGCCGGCAUGGGCUCCCCCGUGUUCAACUACAUGGCCGCCAACACCAUCAAGGCGCCGCCGGUCGGACAACCGCCGUACCAGGUGACUUUAGAAGAAAGAAUGCGAUGGGCUCAGAUUGCCGAAGCUAUGGCGGCCAACCAUUAUGCUCAAGCGGAGUCAGCCCAGCAGAUGGCCACUCGGCCGUCGUCUGCCAUGUUCGGGGGAUACCCGACACUGCCCCCGGUGCCAAUGCCUAGAACGGGACUCUACGGCCAUCACACGGGGACUCUGAACACGAUAGCUUCUAGAGCUAACACCUCAGCGUCGCACCACAUGUAUGGCUACACCAACCACGCGGCCACCGAGUCGACCAGCUCGGAGGCGUCCUCCCACCAGCAGGAGCUGCUGGUGCCCCGACCCAAGUCCAGGGCCAGGAGCAUGCAUAACCAAAACGGUAUAUACUACGAUGUGGAAUAUGAGAAUGCACCUGAAGCAAUAUACGGAACUAAAGGGAUCCCGCUGUCUACCUACACUGUCAGCAGAGGACCUCCCUUCUAUCGGUCGUAGUGUUUGUAAUUUGUAGGUAUCGAUGGCUUUCCUCGAAACAUCUUGUAUUAAAACACUAUCGGAAUACAUUUAUGAAGUCUGUUGUUAGGGUGUUUUUCCUCCAGAUAUGCUAUGCUACGUUGCUAUGAAUGCGUUUGGGAUCCACUAAUCUAAUUCAUUGGAGCACAUAACAUAGCAUUGGUGCAAACGGAAUUUGUCACAAUUCCAGUCCAGUCCAUACUGGCCUCAAAAGGGAGCGGAUAGGUAAAAACAUGUUUAUAGAAAGAUAAAAGUAAUUGUUGUUGUUGUUUCUAAAACAAUUUAUUAGAAUUUGUUUCAGUACAACGAUCUCUGUAAAAACUGAUUGUCAUAUUGAUAGAUAAAAGUGUAUUUAUCUACAAUAAUUCUUGAAAGCUUAAGAAAGAAAUUGGAUUAAGUACCUACAUUAAAUUGAACAGUUUGUAGAAAAUGUUACAUUUGAAUCAAUAAGAUUCUCAUUUAGGUUGUAAUUUUACAUGAUUCAGCCUUUAUCUUCAAAUAACAUAAAGUCAGGAGAAACUUAAUACUUACUUAUUAU